UUUUUUACGCGUGGAAAAUAAAUAAAACCAUACAAAAUGAGUUUGUACAACUUUAAGAAGAUAAUGGUGGUUCCGCCAGCCAAGGACUUUAUCGACAUUAUGCUGUCGAAGACACAGCGCAAGACGCCCACUGUGGUCCAUAAGGGCUACAAAAUCUCGAGGAUUCGAGCGUUUUAUACGCGGAAGGUGAAGUACACGCAACAGAAUUUCCAUGACCGUCUGUCGCAGAUCAUACAGGACUUCCCCAAGCUGGACGAUGUGCAUCCCUUCUAUGCGGAUCUGAUGAACGUUCUGUACGACAAGGACCAUUACAAACUGGCUUUGGGCCAGCUCAACACAGCCAGGCAUUUGGUUGACACCGUGGCCAAGGACUAUGUGCGUCUGCUGAAGUACGGCGACUCGCUGUAUCGCUGCAAGCAGCUGAAGAAGGCUGCUCUUGGUCGCAUGGCCACCAUUCUGAAGCGUCAGGCGUCCAACCUCCAGUACCUGGAGCAGGUCCGUCAGCAUUUGUCGCGUAUGCCCACGAUUGAUCCCUACUCGCGGACGAUCAUCAUCUGCGGCUUCCCCAACGUGGGCAAGUCCUCGUUCAUCAACAAGAUCACACGCGCCGACGUCGAGGUGCAGCCGUAUGCGUUCACCACCAAGUCCCUGUACGUGGGCCACACAGACUACAAAUACCUGCGCUGGCAGGUGAUCGACACGCCCGGAAUUCUGGACCAUCCGCUCGAGGAGCGUAACGUCAUCGAGAUGCAGGCCAUUACGGCGCUAGCCCAUUUGAGGGCCUGUGUGCUGUACUUCAUGGACAUUUCGGAACAGUGCGGACACUCGCUGGAGGAGCAGGUGGCGCUGUUCGAAAGCAUCAAGCCCUUGUUCACCAACAAGCCCUUGAUUCUGGCCAUUAAUAAGGUCGACAUUCUGAUGCCAGAGGAUCUGCCCAAGGAGCGGCAGGAGAUAAUCACAAAGCUGCAGGAAGACAAGAACGUUCCGGUCAUACUGAUGUCCACUGUCCAAGAGACGGGCGUCAUGGAGGUCAAGACCGAGGCCUGCGAGCGUCUACUAUCCUAUCGUGUGGACCAGAAGAUGCGCACCAAGAAGGUGGACAACAUUCUCAAUCGCCUGCACGUGGCCAUGCCUGCGCCGCGCGACGAGAAGGUGCGAGCUCCCUGCAUUCCCGAGCAGGCUCUGACCCGCCUUGAAAAGAACGCCGAGAAGGCGGAGCGCAAGCGUAAGCUGGAGAAGGAGAUCGAAGAGGAGAUGGGCGACGACUACACGCUCGACCUGAAGAAGAACUACAGCGAGAUCCCCGAGGAGGAGCGCUACGAUGUGAUACCCGAGUUCUGGCAGGGUCGCAACAUUGCCGACUACAUCGAUCCCGACAUCUUCGAGAAGCUGGAGGAACUGGAGCGCGAGGAGGGCUUACGGGAGGAGAGCGGCAUCUACGCCGUACCAGACAUGUCCAUGGACGAGACCCUCAAGGAGAUCCGCGAAAUGGCCAAGCAGAUCCGCGGCAAGCGUUUCGAGCUGCGCGACGAGAAGCGUCUCACUGCCAGAAAGAACAAGCCGAUCAUCCCACGCAACAAGCAGCCCAAGGUUCGUGACCGUUCCGUCAACAAACUGGUGCAGACCAUGGAGGGCCUGGGCGUGGACAUGUCCGGCAGCAAGACAGCCAACUUUACCAAAUCUGUGGUGGAUCUGCGUCGCGGCGUUGUGGCCGUUGGCUCCAAGAAGAACCCCAAGGUGCCGCUGCUCGACAAGGAGGAAUCGGCGAUUGUCAAAUCGACCGGCCUGCCCCUGAAACGUGCUCCGACGCGCGACACCCUGGGCAUCAAGAACCUGGCUAUCCGCAAGAAGGCUCAGUUGAAGGCCAGACACGACAUUGCCAAGAAGGUCACCAAGGGAUGGGGACUCAAGGGCGAGGCAGAUCGCUUCAUUGGCACCAAGAAGCCGCGCCAUCUCUUUUCCGGCAAGCGUGGCACGGGCAAGACCGACCGUCGUUAAGCGAUUAUCCCAUUGCUGGAUGAUCCAGCCUGGCGUACAAACUCCUCUUCUGUAUAAACUAAUGAAUGUAUCGUAAUAAUCACGUAUCCUUCAAAUACACGAUUGUAUUUCCCCCAACA